AUGGCGGCGCGAUCUCUGCUAGCCACGCUGCUGGCCGCAUCUGUGCUCUUCAACAUCGUCUCUGCUCAAUUUGUAGCGCCCCCAACAGAUCUCAAGACAGCCACGGGAUACCUGGACAUUCCUGUGCGAUACAAGGAAGUUCCAACGGGCACCUGCGAAACGGACGCCAAUGUAAAGAGUUUCUCCGGAUAUGUGGAUGUGGAAGACGACGAGCACAUCUUCUUCUGGUUCUUCGAAACGCGCAACGGCAAGCCUCAAGAUGCGCCUCUUACCGUAUGGAUCAAUGGGGGACCGGGAUCUUCGUCGAUGAUCGGACUGUUCCAGGAGCUUGGACCCUGCUCGGUCGACUCGAACGGCACGGUGGUCAACAACCCGUAUGCCUGGAACAACGCUAGCAACAUGAUCUUCAUCGACCAGCCUGCGACGACAGGGUUCUCGUACACCAAGCUGGUGCCCGGCUACGUUGAUCCCAACUCCGGGUCGCUGGUGGUGCUUCCGGACGAAACGUGUCCCGAAUACGCCAAAGGUUACGGAACGUGCGGAACCUACUCGGCGCCCAACGUCACGCUAACAGCCAACUCGACCGAAUCGGCGGCCAAGAACUUCUACCGGACUCUGCAAGGCUUCAUGGGAGCGUUCCCGCAAUACGCGCGUGAGGACUUCCACUUUGCGACUGAGUCGUACGGCGGGCAUUACGGACCCGUGUUCAACAAGUAUAUCGAAGAGCAGAAUGCGCGCAGUGGCGAUUCCAGGGCGCACAAGAUCAAGCUUAAGUCGGUCAUGAUCGGCAACGGUUGGUACUCGCCCGAGGUGCAGUACGCCGCUUAUUACAACUACACGGUCUCACCCGGGAACACGUACGACUACCGACCGUUCAACACAUCGGUGGAAGAGAUGAUGUACAACAACAUGUUUGGACGCGGCAACUGCCUGGAUCAGAUUCGCGACUGCUAUGCUACGGGCACCAACCAGGUAUGCAGUACCGCCGACUCGUUUUGCGCCAACAACGUCGAGGCGAUCCUAGACAAUUACGCCAACCGCGACGAGUACGACAUUCGCGAGCUCUCACCAGACCCGUUCCCCUACAGCUUCUAUGUAGAUUACCUGAAUACGGCGGCGGUGCAAACGGCGAUCGGAGCGUACCAAAACUUCAGCGAAAGCUCCUCGACGGUUUCGGAUGCCUUUGGUAAUACGGGCGAUGAUGGUCGCGAGGAAGGAACGAUCGAGGACGUGCGUGCGCUGCUGGAUCAAGGAGUGCAGGUGGUCAUGUAUGCUGGUGACGCCGACUACAAUUGCAACUGGCUGGGAGGCGAGGUGGUGGCUGAGCAGGUGCAGCAUAAGGGCUUCGAUCAGGCCGGCUACGAAGAUCUCAAAACGUCGGAUGGCAUCGCGCAUGGCCAGGUAAAGCAAAGUGGACAGUUCUCGUUCGUUCGAAUCUACGAGAGCGGUCACGAGGUGCCCUUCUAUCAGCCUCUCGCAGCGCUGGAGAUGUUUGAGAGGGUGUUGAACGCCACCGAUCUAGCCACGGGCAGGGAAAAGAUCGCUCCAGGGAGCAGCUACAAGACUUCAGGACCUGCCAAGAGUACGUACCGUGAGGGCAACGCUACGGUGCAGUUCGAGGUUCUUCCUCCGGAUGCGACGUACAACACCACCACAAAUGCGCCCAACAAGAGCGCGAAUUCAUCGCUCGUCGCUGCGUUCGUCGAGGAAUCGAGCAGAGCUGCACGUGUGGGUGAUAUGCUGCGCUCUCGAUACAGGUUUCAGCGCCCUUUGACGAUUUAA